AUGAUUAGACAAGCCAAAAGAAUGACAAACAACUCAAAGCUCUUAAAUGCAGUUAAGACAUCGUCUUUUACAAAUCACAUUGCUCCUGAUAAUAGGAUCCCCACUAUUGAAGUUGCUUUGGAGAAUGAGAACAAGAUUAGUAAUAAACCAAGAAAUUUAUUAAGUGGGGGGUUUUCAUGGGUAUUGCCUACUCCUAGAGAUGAAUAUGAUUUUUUAAUUGCCAAUCCUAAAGCAUUAAAGGAUCUAGGACUAGAUCCUUCAGAAGUGGACGAUCCCGUAUUUCAAAAGAUCGUUAGUGGUGAGUUCUAUGAAGACAGAAAGGCAUUUUUGGAUAAAGGGUUUCCUAUGCCGUAUGCACAAGCCUACGCUGGGUGGCAAUUUGGACAGUUUGCAGGACAAUUAGGAGAUGGAAGAGUUGUCAACUUGUUUGAAAUAGACAAGGCAAAACAAGAGGAUGUCAAUAGACACAAAUACGAGCUUCAACUUAAAGGUGCCGGUCUUACCCCAUAUUCAAGGUUUGCCGAUGGAAAGGCUGUUUUGAGAUCUUCGAUUAGAGAGUAUAUCAUAUCUGAGCAUUUGAAUGCUAUUGGAAUACCCACAACUAGAGCUUUGGCAUUGACUUACUUGCCUUCGACUUUAGCACAACGACAUGCUGUUGAAAGAUGCGCAAUUGUGGCAAGAUUUGCUGAAAGUUGGGUAAGAUUAGGGUCAUUUGACUUGUAUCGAUACAGAGGUGAUCGUGAGGGUGUACGCAAGUUAUCAGACUAUGUUAUUUCUGAGUUGUUUACGAUUGAUGGAAACAAGUUUCAAAAUUUUGAACGCAUCAGUAAAUUGAGGCCCGACUUGACAAACUUGAAAGAUGAUUCAUUAACCGAUUAUGAUAAAAUGUAUUAUGAAACAAUCAUUAGAAACGCCGAAACCACAGCGAUUUGUCAAUGUUAUGGGUUCUUGAAUGGUGUGUUGAAUACCGACAACACCUCAAUACUAGGACUCACGAUAGACUUUGGACCAUUUUCAAUUAUGGACAAAUAUGAUCCUAAUUAUACACCCAACUCGGAAGACCAUGAGUCUAGGUAUGGGUAUAGAAAUGUUCCAACUGCCAUAUGGUGGAAUUUGACUCGAUUAGGUGAAGAUUUGGCUGAGUUGAUAGGAGCAGGACAGAAGUUGUUGGACAAUGCUGAAUUCAAUGAGCACGUGAAAGAGGAAUGGGAAGAAGAUAUUAUAACUAGGGCAACAAAAAUCAUAGAGAUGGGUGGUGAGAUAUAUCAAUAUGCAUACACAAAGAAAUACGUUGAAACAUUUUUUAAAAGAUUGGGAUUGGCUACAGGAUUGAUUGAUGAAAAGAACCCCGAUUCACAAAACGUUCAAUUACUAAUGCCAAUGUUGGAAGGGUUAGAGAAGUUGCAAACUGACUUUAAUAUAUUCUUUUUGAAAUUACAAGAUAUUGAUUUCAACAACUCUUCUUAUGAAGAUAUAGCUGAGCUGUUUUUGGAGCGAUAUGAUCCAAAUACUAACAGGAACCACAAAGAAGAUAUAGCUAAGCAAUUCAUUGGUUGGCUCAAGAUCUAUAACGGAUUAAAGAAGAAAUCUGCUGAAUAUCAACAAGUUCCAAAUGCUGCACAGUACAACCCUAAAUUCUUGCCCAGGAAUUGGAUUCUUGAUCAAGUGAUUGAAAAAGUGUCGGAUUCAAAUGGAAAAGAUAUAAGCUACUUGAAAAAAUUACAAGAUAUGAGUUCCAACCCAUUCGAUAAUCAGCUGUGGGGUGAAGAUUUGAAAGAUCUUGAAGAAUCAUGGAUCUUGCAAGGUGAAAAGGGAGAGGAAUAUUCAAUGUUACAAUGUAGUUGCUCAAGUUAG